CCGCUCACUGUAGUACACUAGUGCUGUCACAUGCCUUCUUCUCGUCUGCUCUAUUCUCCAGUUCCUCUCAAGCCUUCUCACCAGAUCGGAGAAACCGAGAUCUACUCUGAGAGUCUUCAUUGGAAUCGUCGUCGUUGAUUCAGGUUUGUUCUUCUUCCAAGUCCAUAUAAAAGCGCUACUUUUCUUUUUGCUUUAUUGUAGUAUUGGUUGUUGUAAUUAUUGUUGUUGUUGGUGGUGGUGGUGGCGGUGUUGAUUUGCCAUGUUCUGAAGGAAAGUUUGUAUUUUGUUUCGUCUCAGACUUGUUUAGAAGUAUUUGGGAUUUGAGGUAGAGUACCUGAAAACGGUGUUUCAUUCAUGUGAGCUGGUGUUUUGUGAGGAGGAGGUGGAGGAGGAGAUUGUUUGAAAUGAAUGUUUGAGUGAGUUUUUCAUUUUGGUGUUCUUUUUAGAAGCACAAUAUGUUUUGGAAACUAGGAAAAAGGAGUUAUUUUUAGUUCUCUUUUGUGAGUUCUUAUAUGGUUGUUAUGAUUGUUCUGCUGCCCUUGAUGGUAUAUUGGUAUCCCUUUAUUGUUUAGAGAGGUUAAUACUUACUCUCUUCAAAGUUGGAUUUUUUUUUAGUGUGUAUCAUCAUGGUGGUGCUUUGAAUCACACUUGUUCUGGUCUUUGCGCAUUGUUCCUGUGGAAUGAGAUGCAUAGCUUGACCUAGCAUUGUUGUAAUCAAGGAUAAAGAAUGUGUCUUUUGGUAUGGAAGACACUGUCAAUCCCUUUUUAUGGUGAUUCUAUGCUGUUUUCUGGCCAAAAUUUGAUCAGAAACUGAUCAUGACCAGAGCAGUCCACGGUGAUACCGUUGAGGAUGAAAAUAGUGCCAUAGGUAUUCAUCUCCGUAGUCAUGCUCAUUUAACCAACUGCAUCCACAUGCAUUGUCAUAGCCCAAUUGCGGGCGAGAGGUCCCUUGUGAAGGACCUUAUUGCUCUCCAGAGGUCAAGGUCCCUAAGGGAUCCUUCCACUCAUCCUCUGUCACGAUCCUCGCCUCCCACAGUUGGCACCUCAAAUAAGAAGCAUAGGAAAAUUGGUGGAGUGGAGAGUGAGAGAGUUGCCACAUCAAAGGUUGCUGCUGCUGAAGCUCUCAGCGAAUACCAGAACGACAGGAUUGGAGUUAAGGAUGCUGAAUCAAGCAUUGGAGUAGAAGCAAGCAGAAAGAAGUACAAGAGCCAUAGAGGUUUGUUACCUCAGAAAGUAGACACAAGGAGAAGAAAGAUCCGUCACACAAACACUGGUGAGCAAAAUGGUCAGGCAGCGCAUGGAACCAGGAAGUUUUCCCACAUUUAUCAUCAUAGAUUACAUAAUGGAAAAGAGAAUCCGUAUGAUGUCGCAGAAACAAGUGGUCUUGGCCAUUACGAUGAACCGGACUUCAGGACAAAGUCCAAGUUUCGGCGUGGAAAGAGUGUUCAAAGUUCAAUUAAUUCAAGAGGUGCCAAAGGUAGAAUUGACAUGCUUUCUGCUUCUAACUCAAUGGCUAGAGCUUCCAAGCAUCAGGAAGUUUGUGUAGGUCAUGAAGGUGGAGAGAUUACUGAGGGGGAGGUUUCUUUAAAUCCAAGAAAUGGAUGUGGAAUUCCUUUGAACUGGUCUAGAAUCCAUAGUAAAGGUAAAACAUUUCUGGAUAUUGCAGGGAGGAGUUUGUCCUGUGGUCUUUCUGAUUCAAAGCUUAGAAAAGCCAAAGAUACUGUUCCACAAGUCCAAAGAAGAAAAACAAAUGCACCAUUGAUGUUUCCUUCUUCGAGUUCAUCUGUAAAUUCAGACUCUGACUCAUUGCCAUUACUUAUUGAGCCCUCAGAAUCUCAUGAAAGUGCUGGAAGUUCUUUUCUAACUGGGGGUUCCUCAGCAGAACAAAUUUCAAAGCAAGAGCAAGACUCUGAGUUUGCAUCUGAAGCAAGAUCAGGAAGUCCGCGUGUUUGUAGAAGAUGCCACUCUGGCAACCAUCAGAGCUUCACACAGAAAUAUGCACCAAAGACAUUCAAGGAUGUUGUGGGACAGAACUUGGUUGUGCAGGCUCUUUCAAAUGCUAUUUUAAGACGGAAAGUUGGUUUUAUGUAUAUUUUUUAUGGGCCGCAUGGAACAGGGAAAACCUCUUGUGCACAUGUUUUUGCUAAAGCUCUGAUUUGUCGAUCAAUGGAACACCCAAAGCCUUGUGAUUCUUGUAGCUCCUGCAUUUCUUACAAUCUUGGAAAAACUAAAAAUGUGCUGGAAGUUAGACCAAUUGGUGGCCUUGAUUUCAAGAGUAUUAUGGAUGCUUUGUACAACAGUGCAUAUAUAUCUGCAUCUCACUAUAAAGUUCUUAUAAUUGACGACAGUGAUACUUUGCUUCCUGAUUCCUGGUGUACAAUAUCCAGAGUCAUUGCUCGAGCACCCCAGAGUGCAGUUUUUAUCUUUGUUUGUUCAGAGCUUGAUCAUUUGCCUCAUUCAAUCGUUUCCCAGUGCCAGAAAUUCUUUUUUCCAAAGCUGAAGGAGUCCUCUAUCAUCCCUGCUCUGCAGUUUAUAUCAAACAGUGAAGGCCUAGAAAUUGACACUGACGCGUUGAAACUUAUAGCAUCACGAGCAGAUGGAUCCUUAAGAGAUGCUGUGAUGACUCUUGAUCAAUUGAGUUUGCUUGGACAGAGAGUUUCACUACCAGUGGUUCAGGAACUUGUUGGUUUGGUAUCUGAUGAUAAACUCGUGGAUCUGCUUGAUUUGGCUUUAUCUGCAGACACUUCAAAUACCAUAAAGAGUGUUAGAGAUGCUGUGGAAAGUGGAGUUGAUCCCCUAGAGCUAAUGUCGCAGCUUGCAGCCACAGUCACUGAUAUUCUUGCUGGUGGGAGUGUUUUCAAUCCAGAAAGACCACAAAGAAAGUUUUUCUGUUGUCCUACUUCAUCAAAAGAAGACAUGGCAAAGUUGCGUCAAGCUCUGAAAAUACUUUCUGAAGCUGAAAAACAGAUGAGGGCUUCAAAUGACAAGAUAACAUGGCUUACAGCUGCAUUGCUCCAACUUGCUCCAAAUCAACAGUAUAUGCUCCAUGAUUCUGUUUUAAAUAAAAGUGCUGAUCACAAAGCAACCAUUUCCCAUGAGCAACGUAUGCCUGUGGUUUCUAACAGCAAGCUGGGUGGACUAGCUGGUUGUCAAGGAACCCAAACAAUCAGUAACAAAAAUAAUAUUAGUGGACUUGCUUCAAAGGCACACAAUGAUAAUGGCAAGUUAUGGUGGUCUGUGGUUGAGAAUCUUCAACGAGAGAAAUUAAAGCAAUUUAUGCAUGAAGAAGGAAAGCUGGUCUCAAUUAGUUCAGAUACUCCUGUUCCUAUUGUGAAAUUAGCAUUCAGCUCACAGGCAAAGAAAUUGAAAGCUGAAAAGUAUAGGGGAGAAAUUAUGCGAGCAUUUGAGGCAGUUAUUUAUUCUGCAAUAAUACUUGAAAUCUGUUGUGAAUUGAAGAACAUAGACCGAGAUAUUCAAGGUCCAUCUACUCUAUCUUUUUCUGGAUAUGGAUCUGCUCGGAUAAAACUUAAACAAAAGACUGCCACCAAUCAAAGGUUGUCGCUCUCUGAUCAUCAUGAUAUUGGAAGAAACGAGAUUACAGAAAUAGUACCUUCUCCUGAGGAUCAUGAAGACACUGACCAAAGAAACAAUGCAACCAUGCUACAAGAUAAAGGAUGGCAAAGUGUACUUGGUGAAGCUACUUCUUCACAGCUCCAUAGAAGGGAGAUAGGCAAACCACAUCAGACACGAAGCUUAGUAAGAGGAAAAGUAUCUCUUGCUCAAAUCAUUCAGCAGUCAAAAGGAAGCAUAAGGCAAAAUGGAUGGUCUAGAUACAAACCCAUCUCAAUUGCUGAAAAGCUUGAAUUAGAGAACUUGAGUCUGGAACCAAGAACAAGAAGUAUAUGUUGCUGGAGAUCCUCUAAAACCACUCGCGGAAAGAUUCCCCGCUUGAGAAUGAGGAGGAAGUCAAAUUCUUUCUUGAAAGUUGCCUUGUUCAAAAGAUGUCUAUGUGCUAGAUCUCCGAGGACAGGUCGAAAAGAGAACGCCGGCUUUGAAGCAUCGUUUGAGUUGUAGACAUAUGGAUGCCAGAUGAGAGCAGUUGAUUUAUUUAGUUCAUUCGUUAUUAUAUUUGAUCAUUGUUUAACUUGGGCAGUGUGUGAGAGGGUUUAAUCAAUCUAGAACCAUGACUUUUCGUCGGUCUCAUUGAUCAGCAUGCAUUAGAGGAAGCAGCCACUAUUUCCACGUACACCAAGAUGGACACAUCCGAUGUAAACCUCAAUUGAUAGAGACAGCCAAAACUGCAUACUAUGUGACAUACUGGAGAAAUACGAGAAGACCGAGAAAACUCUUCGUUCGUAUGUCUAAAUGAUUUUUGGACUUGGAAUUGACUUACUGGAGUAUGGAAGAUUCAAAUAUGUUGUGUUUUGGUAUCUGGAGCUUACAAAGGAUGAAUAAGAAGGUAGACAGAAAUAGGAGGAUGAUCACAUUUGUAUACCUUUGAUUUGCAUUCAUUGUAAUGGUUACUUGUCUGAAUGUAAAUACUGAACCUAAUUGUGGAUAUGUUGCUGUGCUGUGUAAAACUUGAGCAAAUUGUUAGGUGUAUAUAAGCCAACAUAGAUUUAUUUGUUACAUUUGAAAAUUCA